CUUUGGAAGCACACCCUGCCAAAGGGAGGGCCCGGAUCCACCCGCCCUCCCUGCUGCCUUCAGCAGGAGCUCAGCACUUCUGCCUGCCGUUGGGAAUGUCGUGUCAUUGCUUUGUGGAAAACCUCGAACAAGUUUAGCGCAUAACAAAGUUGCUUCUCAUUAAUUAAAGAACUAAAAUUUGCAGAAUGUUGGUGCUGCAAAUAGUGUUGCUUUAAUGUAGUUGCUUCCAUUGAAAAGGACGGAGGUUUGAUUUGUAUUAAGUCUAAAUGCCAUUUAACAACUAGCGCAAGCUACAAUUCUACAGGAAAAAAAUCCAUUUUUCACAUGCGUGACAUUUGUGUGAGUUCGUGUAAAAACUUGUGGUGUUUUCAUGACAUCAAGAAUAUAUUCAAAUGCUGGAAAUGGCAGGACACAAUUGAAAAACAUUACUGUGCUAAUCUGUUCCUUUUAUUAGUUUUAUUUUCUUUGCUCAUAUGGGGCAUUUAAAGUGCCAAGACAGGUUUUAUUCCAAUACUAAACAUCCCAUCAUUUCAGUUAGAACUUAAUUAGAACCUAUGACCAAUAUUUUAUUUCAUAGUGAAAUUGAGUAGAUAAUAAUUUCUAUCCUAGGCUUUAUGAAAGGUUGCAAUUUGAUAUAUCAAGCCUACAGUUAGGUGGAUUAAGCAGGUUAUAAACAAUAACAUUCAGGUGGGCAGGACAAUGGAGCCAGAAAGCUCCUGGGAAUAGUGAAAUACCCUCUUCAUCUCCUGACAUAUGUUGGGGGGACCACUUACUUCUGCUUUAUUAACCAGGAAUAACCCUUGUGUUUUUUAUAUUGGACCUGGAAGCAUCUGGGUGUUUUCAGCUCUCUUUAACUAAGGCAAAAAUGGAGUGUCCAGCCCUUCUGAUGGGGGCUCAGCAUCUUGCUGGACCCCUGCUCCUAGUGCACAAUGAGGGGGAGCCAAUUCCUUCCUACCAGUUGCUCCUGCACAAAGCAGGAUACAGUCUAGUCUAUUUGUUAAUCCAUAACAGUCUGCCCAAAAGCUGUUUAGUGAAAAAUAUUGCGUGGUUUUGUAUGCUUAAACUAUCUCUGUCACUGCUAAUAUUUGCUGUUGCAAACUGUUACUGCACAGGUUAUAAUAGUAUGGUUUGUCCAGUUGGCUGCUGAUUUGUAUGGUGAGUGACAGCUUUGGACAAAAUCCAAACCCUACAUUAAUAUUAAUUUAAACUGAUGUAAGUUAAUCCAGAAGAAACAAUAAUCAGCAGUUAACAGCUGUAGUAAGCUGUCCACUCUAGCCAUAGGAUUUUCAUUUCAAAGAUGUUUCAGAGGCAUUUGACAUCACAUGUUGUUUAGAGAAAGGGAAUUAAUUCUUUGUUGAGUUAUACUUACGUUGAGGAAAAAAAUACAGAAAAGUUAUGGGCAUGAAAGUGCUAAGAAGAAGUUAGUAAGGCUCUUUAACAGCUGUUUAAUGUUUUUUUGUCACAGAAAAUGAGAGGCUGUAAUUAGAAAAGUUCUGAAAAAAUAUUCUGAAUACUAAUUUUAUUUUGAAUUAAGCAUGUAGCAUCACAGUAUUUUUUAUGAAACUGUAACUAAAGGAAGUUAAUAACUGUGUAACCUGUUCACUUGGUGCGUUUACUUACUCCUAUUAAUUAAAUGUACUUUGUAUUGUGUGCCCCAUUUAUUACAUUCUGUGUCAUAUUUGCUGUGACUGCCGGGGAAGGGUUAUGAUAAAGUCAGAGGCAAUGAAGAUGGGUCCUCAUCUAACAGGUGCUCCACUCCUUUGUUCUUUGUAUACACAUAUUCAAAUCACAUAAGGCAGGGGACAGGAUAGGACCUGUUAACUCAUUGCUGAUUUCCCUAGCAAAUAAACCAGCAGCUGCAGGUCCAAGCCCUGGCUUAGUGCAGAGAAGGUGGCAUUUGUGUGGGACAGGAUGCUUUCAUGGAGCCCUUUAGCCAACUUAUUUUGGGACUUACAGUGCAAACUGUAUUUUCUGCUUGUAGGGAUUUGUUCUGCCUUAAAAUUGACAGUACCAUCUCAUACUAUCCAUGGUAUUGAGGGGCAGCCACUUCAUCUUUCUGUUGACUAUGAUUUCAAUGCUACAGCUUCUGAAAUCCAGAUAAUUUGGCUUUUUGAGAGGUCUCAAAGUAACCCAAAAUACUUGCUUGGCUCUGUAAAUCAAAGAGUAGUUCCAGACUUGGAAUACCAGCACAAAUUCACCCUUGUACCACCAAAUGCAUCUUUGAGGAUUAAUCCAUUGCAUCUCAGUGAUGAAGGCAACUACAUUGUAAAAGUCAAUGUCCAUGGAAAUGGGACCAUAGCUGCAAGUGAAAAGAUUCAAGUAGCUGUUGAUGUUCCAGUCACAAAGCCAACUGUACAUACUGAACCAUCUUCAGGAGUAGUGGAGUAUGUAGGGAAUAUUACCCUAAAAUGUACUGUGGAUAGAGGUACAAGGGUAGCUUACCAGUGGAUGAAAAAUGGGAAACGUCUUCAUGCUGGCCCUAAUUAUACCUUUUCAUCAAACAAUGCUACACUUCUAAUUGUUCCUGUGGUAAAAGAAGACAUUGGGAAUUACAGCUGUCUGGUAUCUAACCCUGUCAGUGCAAUGGAAAGUGAGAUAAUUGCACCAACCAUAUAUUAUGGACCUUAUGGACUUAGAGUCAAAUCAGACAAAGGUCUGAAUAUAGGAGCAGUGUUUACAGUUGACGUGGGGGAAGUUGUACUGUUCGCCUGCUCAGCAGAUUCAAAUCCACCAAACACUUAUUCAUGGAUUCAAAGGGAUGACAAUACCACUCAAGUAAUCAAGUAUGGACCCCAUCUGGAAGUUGUGUCUGAUCAAGUGGCCCAGAAGACAAUAGAUUACAUGUGCUGUGCUUUCAACAAUGUGACUGGGAGACGAGAUGAAACUCACUUCACAGUUGUUGUUAUGUCUGUAGGGUUGGAAAAGCUGGCCCAGAAAGGAAAAUCUUUGUCUUCUCUUGCAGUAAUAACAGGAAUUUCAUUAUUUUUGAUCCUAGCUAUGGCCUUUUUAUUUCUAUGGAAAAGAUAUCGGCCACAUAAAGUGAUACAACAGAAGCUACAGAGCAGGGCAGAGGCUGAUUACAGAAAGGCACAGGCAUUUUCAGGACAUGAAAGUGCUUUGGAUGAUUUUGGGAUAUAUGAGUUCAUCACUUUUCCAGAUCUUACCAGUGGUUCUAGGGUUUCAAGUCAAUCUGUUCCUGGCCCUGACUUUGUCACAGACCAGAAUAUGCUAAGUACGGUUUAUGAAGUUAUUCGGCACAUUCCUGAGCAGCCACAACAAGACCACCAGCAAUGUAUAUGAAGAUACAGGAAGAGGAAAUCAAAGCAUCUGAAAAUGCCAAAGCUUCUUCUUCGUUAUAAUAUAUUGAAGGAAAUGCCAACAACUCCAAGAGUAGCAAAGGCUUAUGCCACCUUGUCUUAAAAUAGCAAUUUCUCUUCAGAGUGACAAUCCCUUUCCUUGGGGUGCUCCAAAUUGCCCAUUUCUUAAUUAUUUUUUCUUUUUUUAAAGUAAUAAUUCCUUGGAAAAUAUGGAUAGUUUUAAUUACUUUCUUUUUCCUUAUCAGUGAAUGCAAAGACAAAGGGAUAGCUUAAAAAAUGCACUAUAAAACCUUUUUUUAAAAAACAAUUGGCAGAGGCACAAGAAGGAAUCUGGUCCAAGAUGCUGUCCAUGCUUGUCUUAUUUAAAAAAUAUUAAAAAUAGCAAAUAGGUUUUUUUAACUGGGUUGACUUUCACAAGAGAAGACAUCCAUACUGGCAUGAAAAGUGAUAAAUGCAGUAUGUCAGAUUGCAAAAUACAUUUGGGGUUUAGAAUAAAGUCAUUCUUUUAAGUAAUUUAACGUGACAUAAUUUUCAAGCAUAGAAACAGAUCUGUCAGGCAGUUACAAAACUGUACAUACAUAUAUUAUUCAGAAUAAUGUGUCCUCAUUAAAUUGUUUCCUUUGCAUUUGAA